GUCUUCUUGUUGCGGUUUUUCCCCCUUUUCUGUUGCAGGAACAAUCUGCUCGCUUUUCAAAUGAAGACCAGAUUGUUCCUGCUUGCUGUGGCGCUUUUGGCUGCGGUGGGCUCUGUUCGUGGUGCGGAUCUCGAUAUUACUUUCACAGCUGCCACUGGCAAUUACAUCACGCUCAGUUGGGCUGCGUAUGGCAGCUUUGCUUCACCGAUGGAAUAUCGUGUCACUCGCAGUCCUGGUCCGGCGACGGCUGUGUACACUGGCACUGCCCUGAUCUACACUGAUAUUAGCCUGACUAAAAACACUGCCUACACGUACACUGUUUCCGUCUACUCUGACAUCGGAGCUGGCGCGACAUUACUUGGAGCAACUGCGGCCCCACCCUCCCAAACGACCGCAAACGAUGUGACUCUGAAUCCCAACAGCAUCUUGUUGACCAAUCAUGGUGCGUCAACCGUCGGACCAUCCGGUACCAUUGCCUACCCUGCUGUCGAGUACAAGCUGGCGUCCGCGGGCACCGACAGCUACGCCUAUUGGCCGGGCUACACGUCAUCUCCUGCACUCGUGCUCGAUCCUGGCACAUGGUACAAUGUCAGGAUCACUGUUUCCAACCAAAUCACGGGCACCGCGAAUGUUUAUCAAGUCUUCACGGGCAGAACGGGCUUUGUCGACCCUGUCAUCGGGACUGCCCUUGCUGCUGGCACCAUCACUGCCACUCAAGUCCCUCUCAGUUGGACGGUUACCAGCAGCGGUCAGGAGUCCACCUUGUCGUUGGCUUAUACACUCUUCCGUAAUGGCAGCCAGGUGGGCACCACUGCAGUCUACGCUGGCUCACUCCCAAACACAUUUUCAUACACCGAUUCGGGCUUGUCGCCGUACACCUUGUACACGUACACUGUGCGAGUAACCAACGCUGUCGGCAAUUAUACGGAGAGUACGCUGACCGUGACGACCGUUGCUGCUGCUCCUACUGUCGCUUUCUUGACCACCGCACCGUACAGCACCCAGAAUUCUGUCACUGUUGGUUGGACCUUGGCUGCUCUGAAUGGACCAACACCAAUCACGUUUGUCCUGAAGCGUGGGUCAAUUAUACUGGCACUCCCGCCGGAAUCAAGUUCCGCUUUGGCGACCGGCCAAUUCUUCUUUACCGACGAUGGUUUGGAUCCGUGCACCACUUACUCGUACACUCUGACUGCUACUACGAGUGAAGGCCAAACCGUCACCACGUCCGCUAAAAGCUUCACCACCCUCGCUGACCAGCCAGUGAUUUCGGCAACCGUUACCUCGCUUAAUUACACCUAUAAUGCGUUCAGUUUCAGUUGGACCAGCUCUGUACAGAGCUUUUGCGGUGCUGGUUCAGUUGGGGCUAGUGGUUAUCAGGUGAUGCUCAACUCAAGUGCAAUCUCUCCGACCACUGCAACAUCCUACUCCCUGAGCACUGGCGUGACUUCGGGCGCGACGUACGAUUUCUCUCUGGUUUUCACCAACGCGUAUGGCAACGUUUCGGAGCCUGUGGCCUUGACUACGUUCACCACCUUUGCCAACACUCCCACCGUUACCACGCCCACUCUGACAACCAGCGCGGCGAACUCGCUCACGUUUCAAUGGAAUGGUACAGCCCGUGGUGGUGGUCCUCUCGUUUAUAAGGUGGACCGAACUGCCCCAUCGUCGCUGUCCAUCAAGGACUAUGCUGACAGUCUCACUUCGGCCACGGACAAUACUGGCUUGCUGCCCUUCACUGAUUACACGUACAGUGUGCAGGCAAGAAACGCCGUUGGAAACACAUCCACUAUUGCCACUGCGACCUUCAAAACUGCUGCGGCCCAGGCCACCUUCUCCAGUACUACUGUGUCGUCAACUCCGGCCGUCAAUUCCAUCCAAUUCUCUUGGACGGCAGCGACAUGGAACAGCUUACCUGGCGACUACGCUUGGGCUAUCAGCGGAAGUCCUACUCCUUCCCCAAGCGCAGGUAUCGUCGCUGCGACCAGUGUGACUGUCUCCAACCUUCGCGCCUACAAUCAGUACAAUUUUACCGUUAUCGCUCGAAGCGUUAGCGGCACUUUGUAUAAUUCUGAUCCACUGACCGCCUCCAACUUCCUGACGCUUGCUGCCGCGCCGACAAUCGUGUCAACCCAAUUCACAUCAACAGGACAGACCUUCAACUCUGUUUCACUGGAAUGGAAUGGCGUUCUUACGCUCAUCAACGGCCCCACUGUCAAUUCUGCCUCGCAAUGGACGGUUGAACGUCGUCUCAACAACCCUCAAGGGGCCUUUGUGUCUGUCGGGGCGUUUCCAGCGGCAAACUUGUCUGCGACCGACAGCGAUGCAUUGUUGGCGCCGUACACGGUUUAUGAUUACCGUUUGACUGUGAGCAACGAUCUGUACUCUACCAGUGCUGUCCUUUCCUCAGUCCGAACCGCCGCUGCCCCGCCAACUAUUGACCCGAGUCUGAUCGUGCCUUCAUUUGUUUCGAAUGGACCGACCAGCUAUGCUGUGACGUUUAACUUGACUGGCGCGUACUAUCGCGGCACUCCGGCCUCAGCCAGUGUGACUUUUUUGCUGCGAUACAAGCUGACUAGUUCUGGCAGUUUCACCUCGGCCCCGACAUUUACAACUGACACCACCACGGUCACUAUGCAGGCGAGCACAGUCUACACUUUGGAGUGGAAAAUCACAAACGUUGGCGCCUUGUCGUCCAUUUCGACAGGCUCUGUCAGUGUACUUGCAAUCCCGCCGUCCUUCAGCGCACCGACUAUUCUCACCCUAAGUGUCACGACAGACACCGCAACCAUCUCCUGGCCUGAGCCUACGACCAAGAACGGUGGUGACCCAAUUGUGUAUUGGGUUCAGUUUACUGCGACGCAACCCAAUCCUGGAAAUCAAACCAUUCAAACCUUCAGCAACACUCUCCAAACCACGAGCACCACUGUCACUGGGCUCUACCCAGGUAUUGUUUACAAUUGGACAGUUGCGGCCAAGAGCGCCGAUUCUGGUUUCUCGAAGCCCUUCUCUACCCCGUCAACUUUGCGCCAAGACCCCGCGGACCCCAUUUGGCUGAUCGCUCCCACUCUCUCGGCAUCAGGGCGAACGACAAGCUCGUUCGCGUUGAAUUGGGCGGCUCCUGUCUAUGCUCAAGAUAAUCCAAGCAACCUGAAGUAUCGAAUUGUUGCCACUCAAAUCACCGCAAGCCCCAAUUACCCCAAUCCGACCCUUCUCUUCAAGACUGUAGCUGUCAAUUCGGCCGCCGUGACAGUCGCCGCAGCGUCGAACACUGGCUAUGAACCCUAUGUGCAGUACAGUGUGACUGUGCACGUUAAAAGCUCAACCGACAACUGGGUUCCAAGCAACAGGUUCCUCACGGUGACAACUGCUAGCUCGCAACCAAGCUGGGGUGCCUUGACUCCGUCCUCCAUCAUGGCCGUCCCUUCGUCCCGCCAGAUCACUCUCGACUGGCCAGAUGUUCCGUACCCUCAGGACACGAACUAUUUGACUUACUCGGUUAGUCGCGGUGGCACUACAGUUGCUUCCGAUCUCGCAACCUCGAGUUACGUCGACACUGGUUUGACGCCAUUCACGAAUUAUGCGUACAUCAUCACCGCCUACAAUUUUUACCGACUCGCAUGCGACACCACUCAGAGCUCGAACAGCACCGUCACAGUGUCUACCCGAACGAUUACUUCGCUCUUGCCAUUCCGCACCUACGCCGUCACUAUUCAAGCUACGAACGGUGCAGGUACUUCGCCGCCGAGCGACUCGCGCAAGGGCACUUUCACCACCUCGCCGAGCGCCCCCAUCUUAGACCCACGUUGGCUUGUCGCGGGUACAACCGACACGUCAGUCAUCAUCACCUGGAAGGGCCCUCAGCCUUGGGAGCGAAACAGCGUUCUUAGUUCAUACCGUGUCGAGUGCCGAGUUCAAGAAGGGGAUUGGAUUUGGACUCUUGUCCACACUGUUAUUCAAGGACCCUGGGCUGCCGACAACGCCGCCUAUAGCUCCGCCGUGCAGCAAGAGUACCGGGCUGUGUUUUCUGGAUUGCUCCCUAACAGGAACUAUGGCUUCAUGGUUACUGCGACUGGAAGCUCGUUGACUUCGAAUCCCAUCGAGGUGCAGGCCCGCACUUUGCCUGCGACGCCCACUGAGACGCCCACUGAGACUACCUCUGAUUCAUCUUCUGGUGGCGGCUCUCAAGCGUCAACUUCAAUAGCUGCCAUCGCUGCUGCUGUUGUGGCUGUUGCAGUAGUUGCGAUAAUUGUGCUGGUACUCGUCGUGUUGCGACGCCGGCGCCUGCAACGUGCAGACUUGCAACCAAAGGACUCUGCCAGUUCCACCAUCGACCAGACGACUAUUGAAAUGACAAUGUCUGCUCUGGCCCAUUCGAGUGAAUCUCGCAUCGAGGAUGACGGCUCAACCUCCGCCAAGCCCAGCCAAAAGCUGCAGCCAGAAUCGCAGAACGCUGCCGAUCCCAUGUAUCAGGAGGCUGAAGAAGUGACAAUCUCCCCUAUUCCCGAUUCGACCGAAUCUCACAACGAGGAUGGCGGCUCAACCUCCGACCAAAAGCUGCAGCCGGAAUCGCAAAACGCUGCUGAGCCCAUGUAUCAGGUUGAUGAAGUGACAACUUCCCCUCAAAACCAUUCGGCUGGAGCUCACGACAAAGCGGACAUUCCAUCCCCAGCGGCGAUCGGUCAACAACAGUCGUAUCAAGCUGUCCCGACCGCCCCGCCAGAGGAGGUGGUUGACGAUGAUGCGAGCGCGUAUGUUGCCGGCAGCAAUUCUCGUCGCGUUCGCGAAGGCUUGACCAUUGGGAAGCACCUUGCCAGUGGUGAAUUUGGCGAUGUGUCACUGGGUCAAGUGCCUUUCAACGUGUUGCCCACAAGAGCUCAAACCUUGCUCGGACCUACAGCGUCGCCAACCGUGCUGGUUGCAGUCAAGUCUUCCAAGGCCGACGCUGACGAGAAAUCUCGCCAAGACUUUGAGGCUGAGGCGAAAUUGAUGGCUCCGUUUGUACAUCCGAAUGUCGUGCGGUUGCUUGCGGCUCUGGUCGAGUCCGAGCCCCACCUCGUUCUGCUCGAGUUUGUGCAGUACGGCGACUUGCGUACACUGCUGCAAAAGUCCCAGGUUCACUCGCUUUGGUGGACACAGAACGAGCAGAUCCAUGCCAUUCGCCAGAUUGCACUCGGCAUGGAGUAUCUGGGCACGCUUAACUUUGUGCACCGAGAUCUUGCCGCGCGCAACUGCCUUGUGGGGCAAGGAAUGGUGGUCAAGAUUGCCGAUUUCGGGCUUUCCCGCGAAUUGACGGAUGAGCAAGAUUACUAUCGCAUGCAAACGCGAGGCAAACUUCCCGUGAAGUGGAUGGCACCGGAAACAAUGACCUUCCGCAAGUUCUCGUCCAUGUCGGACGUGUGGUCGUUUGGUGUGACCGCCUGGGAAUGCUCUAGUUACGGUGCAACGCCUUACAGCCAGAUGAAUGGCGCUGAGGCACUGGCUCAUCUGGAGGCUGGUGGUCGACUACCCAGGCCGGAGCACUGCUCAACUGACCUGUUUAGCUUGAUGUUUAGUUGCUGGAACUCCAUCCCAGAACUACGACCAAGCUUUACGCAGCUCGUCAAAGCUCUGAAAAACUUUGACGAUGGAACAGCAAUCCGCGAGAUCGGGGCUCUGCUGUGAACAGGGCUUUGUGAGUUCUUGAUGUCGCUCAAACAUGUCAAUUGAUGCAAUGAUGCUUCGGCCACUGUGUGAGGCUCCUUGCGUUCCGAGGUUGCGCUAUUACAUUUUUCCUGUUUGAUGGUCGAUACGUGUCCAUUCAGAAUUCAACAAAGAGAAC